GGCUGGGGAUGCGCUACUCGGCGGCCGCUCGUAGGAGUUACUCGGCAGGCGAGGAGCGGGAUGGAGGUGGAGGAGGCGUUCCCGCUGGUGGGACAGAUGGGACCUUACCAGGUGUAUCUGUGCGUCUUGCUGGCCGUGCUCCUCCAGCUCUAUGUGGCCACUGAAGCCAUCCUCAUCGCAUUGGUGGGCGCAACUCCUCCUUACCACUGGGAUCUCCAAGAGCUGUCAGCUAAUCAGAGCCAUAGCAACCAGUCAACGAGUGAGCAGAGGGCAUUUGGGGAAUGGCUUCUGAGUGCCAACGGCAGUGAAGUGCAUAAGCACAUACACUUCAGCAGCAGCUUCACUUCAAUAGUCUCUGAGUGGUUUUUAAUUGGCAACACAUCAUACAAAGUUAGUGCUGCCAGUUCUUUCUACUUCAGUGGUGUGUUUAUUGGAGCGAUCUCCUUUGGCCAGCUCUCAGAUCGCUUUGGGAGGAAGAAAGUCUAUCUUACAGGCUUUGCUCUUGACAUUGUGUUUGCCAUUGCAAAUGGAUUCUCCCCCUCAUAUGAAUUCUUUGCCAUCUCUCGCUUCUUAGUAGGGAUGAUGAAUGGUGGGAUGUCACUGGUGGCCUUUGUUCUACUGAAUGAGUGUGUGGGUACUGCCUACUGGGCAUUAGCAGGAUCUAUUGGUGGCUUGUUCUUUGCUGUGGGAAUUGCCCAGUAUGCUUUGUUAGGGUACUUCAUUCGUUCCUGGAGGAUGCUGGCAGUUGUGGUUAACCUGGAAGGAACAGUCGUCUUUCUUCUGUCUCUAUUCAUUCCAGAGUCCCCCCGCUGGCUCUACUCACAAGGCCGGCUGAAUGAAGCAGAAGAUGCCCUCUACCUCAUUGCCAAGAGGAACCGCAAGCAGAAGUGCACUUUUUCAUUAAAACUCCCAGCAGAGAGGAGCUGCAGAGAGACUGGCAGCUUCUUGGAUCUGUUCCGAUACAGGAUUCUCUUGGGACGCACCUUGAUCAUGAUGUUUACGUGGUUUGUGUGCAGCUUGGUUUACUAUGGUCUUACUCUUAAUGUGGGUGACUUAGGUGGAAGUAUUUAUGCCAAUUUAGCCCUUUCAGGGUUGAUAGAAAUCCCAGCGUACCCAAUCUGUAUUUACUUGAUUAAUCAAAAAUGGUUUGGUCGGAAGCGAACUUUGAGUGCAUUUCUGUUCCUGGGAGGAUUGGCUUGUCUUAUUGUCAUGUUUCUUCCUAAAAAGAAAGAUACUGGAGUGUUUGCAGUGGUGAAUAGUCGCUCUCUGUCUUUGCUGGGGAAACUGACAAUCAGUGCUGCAUUUAACAUUGUCUACAUCUACACAUCAGAACUUUAUCCCACAGUGAUCAGGAAUGUUGGAAUGGGUGCCUGCUCCAUGUUUUCUCGUGUUGGUGGAAUCAUUGCUCCUUUUGUCCCUUCAUUGAAAUCUGUACAGUGGUCUCUGCCUUAUAUUGUCUUUGGAGCAACUGGUCUUUUGUCUGGGUUCUUAAGUUUAUUGUUGCCAGAGACCUUAAACAGCCCUUUGCUAGAAACUAUUUCAGACCUGCAGGUAUGCUCAUACUGGAGGCUGGGUGAUGAAGCCAUGUCAUUGCAAGCCCUAGAUGGCUCACAGUCUGGAGACAAAGACAGUUCCGCAGGGAGCGAAAGUGAAGAUGAGGAGUUUUAUGAUGCUAAUGAAGAGACUCAUAUGAUCAAGUAAUGAAAAGAAGAAACACUGGACUAUUUUAUGACUUUUCUUACUUGUGCAGUUAGUGCAGCUGUAAGACAAGUACCAGAGACCUCACCUGGCAGGGAAUGUUAUUGGGCAAGUGCCAGUGUUUUUUCCCUGACUAGGAGAGGGGGUUGAGUACUGUUCAGACUAAUUACACCACCGAUCCUCACUAUAAUAAGACAGCUGUUGAAAUUCUUGUGGUUUAGAAUGACAGUGCAUGGACUGCAUUUGAAACCAGGUGAGACAGCAAAGAUGGGGUCAUCAGGCCUAGGAAGUUACCUUGGUGUAGACAGGUUUGAACGGAUCAUCAAUGCACGUUUGUAUUUUGUUUUCAAGGUGGUUGAUUUUGAAUCAACAUAAAUUGAUAAACUUGGAAAAGUCUUUUUUUCUUUCUGUAGAGUGAAAGUGAUCAGAGUGUACUGUGUGCUACUGCAAUGGGAACAAAUUCUUGAAAUUGUAUAUUAAAAUGGUUUCUGCAUAUUGAAUAGGGGAGAGGCAACUAUGAACAUAAGUCAGACACCAGUGUAGAGUUACAACGUGCAGCUGGUUGGUCAUGAGCUGUGCACUAGCUGAAUUAUAAUGGAAGGCUGUGAGACAACUACAGAAAAGAGCAACCAUAAAGCCUGCAGACAUAAAGGAUAUUAUUUAAUUUUCUUCUUUUUUUCAUACACCAAACAUUUCUUGUUCUGUCUUAUACAUAAUUUGCCACAUAUUCCUCACAUCUCAACACUGCUGUUUAUAGCUUGGCCUACCUUCUACCUUGUCUUCACCAUACCAUAAAUAUUGAAGCUCAGCAACUUCUCUGUGCAGUGAAAUAAUUUUGUGAAGGAUAUAAUUUUGUGGGUGGGACAUAAGUGAGGUAUUUAUCACAUACUCUGUGUGAGGUGCGUGUUAGAAUAUAUCACUCUUUUGUGGACAUAUCUGUGUCUUUAUUUGUGGAAGAAACUUAACUCUGAAGUGGUAAGAGGAACAAAGGGUUGCUGUUACGUUUUGGGGACUAUUGCUGGGAAGCUGCUAGUAUUUAUUUAAAAUUCCUGUGUGUUGAUAAAGUUUACCAAAAAAAACACCAAAAGUGCAAGCCUCUUUGAGACAGCAUUUGGUUACUUGAUGUUAUUUCUUAACCAGGUGCUUGCUGAAGCACUUGGUUACUUGACCUUGUUGAGGGAGACAGCUUUACCCUCCUGUUUACACUGAGCUUUCUGUGAGUGCUUCAUUAGAGUGAUACGGAAUCUUGAAACAAAGAAGGAAACAUGAACAUAUGAACUGUCCUGACUACAAGGAUGAGGCCUUACAAGGAUUCAGUUUUCUUAAUUGUUGUCAUCUUCUAACCUGUGUCAUUCUACUUAUUUAAGAUUGAUUUCCAGCAAAUAUUUGUUAGUGUUUAUACUUGGAGUUCUUAGCAAAGUGCCACAGAAUAGCAGGAAAUAUAUUGUCAAGCUUUCUAGCCAUUUUUUGUGGAUGUUGGACUAGAAAAAAAUGGAUUUAAAAAGAAAUCAAAGCUGACUACUAAAUAUUUUCUGCUUCAAUUGAGAAACUCCUUUGCUCUGCAAGGAAGUUGAAAGUAAACAGCUUCUGACACAUUUGCAGCUAGCUGCUUGAACUUUGUGCCCUGGGAACUGUAACACUGAGGGCAGACCAGAGACUGCAGAUUGACCCAUGUAGUGCUCCUGCUUGGUCUGACCUUGGUCCAGGCAUUGACUGCGAGCAAAGCUGGGAACUUGAGCCCUGUGGACACUGUGUCAGUAUUGUUGUGAUUGUGUAUUCUGUGUUAGAGGAAUUCCUGCCUGUGGUCUUCACCUAGUUUUUCCAGACUGUUGAAUAGUUGUCAUAGGUGUGGGAGCACACUUUUUUAGCCCAGGUGAAUACACUUUCUAUCUUGUUUGGCCUUUUUGUGUGCAAGAAAAUUGCUCCAAAUAAGGUGCUGGGAAAUACUUGGAAGGAUUGAAUCUGUCCACAGAAUUUGUUUUCUUUUGUUUUGGAUUCACAUUUUGAAUUACAGACAGAUGGGAAAAUGACUUUUUAUUGCUGAUGGUUUCUAAAUAAGUAAAACCUGCUUUCUUAUAAGCAAACAGUGGCAAGCCUGGCAGUGUUAACAUGCUGCCAAGAGCCAACAGGUUUUUUUAGAUGUUUGUUGCCUCUGUUUCUUUGGAUGGUAAGUGGAGUAAGUCACCCAAGAGACAGGUAGGAAUUGGUAGCUUUCCUUCCUCCAUGGUUUUACUGUCAUUAUCUAUCUGCUACUGGCAACUCUAGUCAUGCCACGGGACACCUCAACAUGAGUUUCAUUAGAAUAGUAGAGUACUGUAAUGCUUCAGGUGGAGAUCACUCUUUGCAGGACCUGAGCUGGAUUUUGUGACAGUCCUCAAUUUUUUAAUUAAAAGUACUUCUCCACUCAUGCACUUUUAUAUCAUAAGUAUGUACAUAAGUAUGUAACAAUUUUACAUAUGUAAAACUGUUAAAAAAAACCAGCAUUUUUUUCAUUAAAAAAAAAAAGAACAGCAACUUUUAACCUUAAAUCUGACCUAUGUUUGCACCUUUUAAAGGGCAGCAUCUUUUAUGUUGACCACAGGAACUCUCUAUUACUUUCUCUGUAUAGCUUAAUUGAGAAGGUUUAUGGGAGACAGUCCUUCCAGGAGGAGCUCAGCAAUGUGGUGUCAGGCUUCUUGCAAUUACUUGCUCUCUCCCUUUGUGUUCCAUAGUCUAAAUCUGGUAGGUGCAUGAAGUUCCUUUUCACAGAGGCUGGUUUGGUAAGAACUGUCCUUCCAGUACAGAAACUUGUAGAAUCACUUUUUUUUCUUAACCCAUAGAGUGUAAUGCUUUCUGAUAUUGAGAUACUUGUGCUGUAUGGGAUAUUUGGGGUUCUGUAGCCUGUGGUCAGCAUUUUCUCUGUUUAGAUGGAGCACUUACUGCUAAGCAGAAGUUCUUCAGUUUUAACAGUUCCUGCUGUUAACGGUUAUGUUAGUUCAAAACCUGAGUCAGGAGGUCAGGAAGAACUGUAGUUAUGUGUGAGCAGCCUGUGUAGGCCCAAAUAAUAAACCUCAGUGUCUGGGCAGUAAGGUUGCCCUGAGGAGCUACUGGAGAGCACAGGCUGAUACAACACUAGAUAUAUCACAGUUUAUUUCAUUGUAAUGGUGAGAGUCUGAGACCCAAAAUUCUUGCUGUAGUUGAGUGAAGGAUGACAACCUCAUCCCACAUUUUUAGUUAGAGUAGCUUUGUAUGCUAAGCAGUUGCACUGUUAACUGGUUUUUUUAGUUUUACAGGCACUAGGAUAGCUACUCCCAAGAUGAGAAUUCCUUUCCUGAAUUCCUUUGUUUUUGUAGCUGUCAUUUUUUUUUUCCAGCCAGCUGAUUUAGUGAGAUAUGCUAGAGAUGAGAGAGGCUUUCCCAUGUUGAUGCUUAGUCAGAUAUUAGUACUGUCUCAGCUGAGGUAUAUUUGGGAUUCUGUUAUCGGGGACCUCACAGGUGAUACUUGAAUUACAGCCUAGGAGUGAAGGAGAGUGACAGGUAAUGUGAGAAUUAGCUAGAGGGAAUCAAAAGAAUAGAGGAUUCAACAGAAAUGCUUUAGGACAAGGGUAGGUGAAAACACAAGAUAGUAACUGUUGGGUGGAAAUAUUCUUGCUGCUUGUGUUGACUUGAAAGAGAUAGCAUUGGUUUCAGGACAUCCUACUGGAGACACUAGUUCCAUCAUUUCUUUUUUCAUGUAAAAUUAUUUCAGUAUUAUUACUUUGGUACUACUACUUCUGAAAAUGAAGCUGGUGUUCAUUUAGGGAUUGAGAAAGUGCUGUUCAGAGACUCCAGAACAGAGACACACCAGAAACUCAGAAGCUCUGUGUUGAAGGAGGGCCACAAGGUGGCUCAGUCUUCAGGUCAGAGUGCUGAAUGAAGGACAUGUCCACACCUUUCCAGAGACAUCUAAUUAAGGUGGAGCAGGUUGUAGCUAGUUGUUACAGUCAGGGCUUAAAGGAUCGUAGCCAUAUGCUCCUUUGGUCACUGAGCUCAGUCUGUGCCAGGGUUUCCAGAUUGUAUAGAUGUACUGAAGUUAGCAGAAUAUCCUUCGCAGGACCAUGACGAGUGCAGUUGAGCCAUACAUUUUCCAGCCUAUAUCCCCUAAGUAUAUAAAAGUUGUUAAUAAGAUAAUGGAUUUGUUGUACUGAGGAAAAGGAGCCACUGAAGAAAAAAAUUGCUUUUCCUAGGAUAUGUUGAUUGAAACAUGUAAGAUGAAACUCUUGUUCCUGAGUCUUCUGUAUAAUAACAGAAUGCAGAUUUGAUUAUUAUUAUUAUUUUUAGCUGAAGGAUGGUGUGCUAUUUAUACCUCUAUCCACCCUGUUAGGGUUUCUUUGGUCGUGCUCCUUGACACAGCUGAAUUUAACAUGCAGCUUGGGAGCCUUGAAGUAAAUAUCUCAAAAAAGCCCAAGAGUGGUGCUGUCACUUGAUGGUGGAAGUUAGUCUGGCCUGACACACUUAAUGUCAAUAUUUAUCUGUUUACCAAACAGAAUGUAAUUGUAUUUUGAGUCUCGUUGCUUGUGUCUUACUACAAGAUAUAUUAAGUGGAAGAAAGAUACAUAGGAAAACCUCUGUGACAUACCUAAAUGUAGAAUUGAAGUAUCAACAAAUUUAGAACUUUUCCAUGCCAUGUAUUUUUUUUAAUGCUUUGUCCAGUGUAUUGUAGCCUUCAGAUUUUCCAGGUGCUACAUUUAAGUCUAAUAGUAAAACUUUCACCCCAACAGUCUGAAUUUACUGAAGUCCUUCAUCUUAUUUUUGGUACUUCUUGCUGUUUCUGGCCUUCUGGAAACAAAAAAAAAAAAGCUUCUGUAUUGCCUAAUGAGGAGCAGAUUUUUCUGUUCUAAUUUGAAGUGCCUGUUUUAUAAAAGUCUUACUUUAAUUUCCUCAGUCAAGUUGAUAUGGGACUGUGUGUAAAGUAACAUCACAGAAUUGGAUCAUGUAAGUGCCAAAGACAGUUUUUGCUGGAAAGCAAUGGUCCAAAACUAGUUCUAGCUGCAUUCAUUUGGAGCUCUUCCAUGCAACCUGCUUAAACUGGUAUUUACAAGCAUCUCUGGAACUUAAGGGAACAGAAGGAGAGUUACCUUUGUUUGCUUAUCUUUCUUUGCUGAGUUACCUUAAGUAUCUUUUGUUUCUGAGAAACCAAAGAAAUCAAAUGAAGGAUUUAAGAUUUUGUAGAACAUGUAGAAUUUAUACCAUGUAGCCAUUAUAGACAAAUCUCCAGAGCAUGUUUGCUUCCGAGUUGCAAAACCUUACUCCAAGACUGAUUAAACUUGGUUAAAACCAGCAAUUUUUAGUUCGUUCAUCAUUCUUAAGUUGCUAAUAACAGUUUGCCUGGACCUUUGUAGGAUCUAGCAGAUUUCUGUAAAGUGCAGAGUCUGUCUGAGGCUAAAUAGUGAUGUCUUAAGGGUUUAAAUGCCUGUUGCAACUAAAAUUCUGUGAAAGUCUGCUGUGUUGUGGCUGCUUGUUUGCCAGUAAGUAGGUGGCUAAAAGUUUGCACAGCGAGACCUGGCUGCCCCCAAAAGAAUGGCUUAAAAGAAAUAAUCGUUCUUCUCCAGUGUGUAUGCAGACUGAAGCAGGAUCUCAGGCUGUCAGGGUCCUCUCAUAUGUACAGCAAGCUUAUAGAAUGGAGUAUGUUAAAAUAAGUACUUGCCUGCCCUCAUUUACAAAAGAUUUGUAGAGGAAACAGGUAUUUAGCAUGCAUUUUACUGCUUCCCACCAGCACAUCUGAGGUGCUUAUAACUGCUUUACCAGGAGGCAGGUAAAAAGUAUGGCAAUAUUGAAAGUUGUGUUUAUUUAAAGGUCACCUAUGAAAGGUAUCUGGCAGUUCUGUAGUCAAGCAAAAUGAUUUUAAAUUAUGGAAACUCGAUAGGGAUACAGGCAUUUCUGAUGUUAGUUUGUAGAAAAGAAAAAAAAACCCAACCCUACAGACAAUGAUGGUUAUAGAGCAGACAACUGGGUGAUUUGUUGUAAAAGAAUUUAUUGUGUUUUCUGGGAUUUCAAGUACAGGUCUAAAAGACUGGUUUCCAAGUAUUUGGUCCUUGGCACUUCUUCAAGUCUAACUCAAAUUUUAUUUUGCUCUUGUUAAAAUUUUGGGGAGAGUCAUGUAGAAAUUGGAAGGAUGUUUUUCAUAUGGACACUUUUAUUGCACUACCUUUCCUUCCUGAGUCUAGUAAUACUUUGGGUUUUUUAAAG